GUUUGAUGAUUUAAAAACAGGUUGCUUAUCCUUUAUGUUUGAGAAAACUGUAUGGAUAAUAUCAUAUUUGUGUUAUAUUAAAGAGUCUGAAAUAACAGGACACCUUCAAGAAGAGGGGAAAGUUCUGCGUUGUGUUAUUUCUUCUCUUUUCUGCCUCUAAAAAUCUUGGUGGUGCUUCCAUAUUCACCCAUAUAGCUUUUGUACUCACUGUACCCUAAGUUCUAUACUAAAGAUGCUGAUUUUUGUGAAAACCCCAAUAGGGAAACUAGUAUCAGAAGAGGAAUGGUUAUGUGUUUUUUAGCUCAGAAUUUGGGGUGGCCUAGGUGGGGGUUUCAACAAAUUACUUCCAGAUGGUUUCUGUACACUUGCUUUUAUUUCUAUAAAGGAAGUCUUUAUCUCUUUUAUUAGAACAUGUUCACAUUCAUAAGUGAAGUAUAGCAUAAAAGCACUGUAUCUCUGUGACAGCAAAGGGAAAUGUAUGUUUUCUUUGGCAUUGUCUGUAGAGAAGCUCGACAACAUAAAUAAAAGAAGAGCCAUCUCUUUCAGGAUACACUCAGGGAGAGGAGAAGAAAGAAGGCUGAAAGAUGGGAUUUUCAGAUCCAAUUUUUAGGAGAGGGGAGAUGUUUAAAGAUGUUAAAGUAUGUGAGAUUUCUUUUAGAUAUGCAGAUCCCCAAAUAUCAGGGGGAUAGUAGCCGGGGGAAGUGUGAGGAGGGGGAAAAUUAAAAGGAAGACAAGGAAUCAAUCAUGCCAGCAAAUCACCAGCAGUGUACAUGCUUUAAUCCAUUAAUGUGGGAUUUAUCUGUGAUCAUAAAAGCAGGUUAGACUCAGCCUGGAAGCGUGUAGGUGGGAGGGGGAGAGGGAAAGAGUAAAAGCAGGAGAGAGAAAGACACACACAGAGAGAAUGAGAGAGAGGAAGGAAGGUAAAGAGAAUAAAUAUAAUGGGUGAACUGCUGAGAAGCUUUAGAAGCAAUAAUUAAGAAUCUCAGAAGAGCUGCUCUUCAGAAUAUCCUGCUUUCUCCAGAAGGAGAUCGUGCCUUGGUCCUGGUAAUUUAUAUAUGCAUCUCUUUAUAGAAAAACCCUCUGCAUAGUUUUGUUGGGCAUUCCCAAUGUUUUUUGUGCAUGUCUCUUAAAGCGUUGAUGUGGAAAGAAGCAGCAGCGGUGGUGGUGGGGAAACGGCAGCUCUUCUAAAAAUACCGAGGGCAUGCAGGAGUGUGAGCAGGCUGGGGAGGAGGAGGAGGGUGUGAGAGUGCCUCGCACCAUGUUUUCUGGAUGCCAGCUGGGUGCAGUUUUGGAAAUGUCCCUCCUGUGAAUGGAGGCACCAUGAACAUUUGGGAAGUGAUCCUGGCUUUCUUGAUUGUGGUACUCAUCCUUGUCUCGUUGCUGUCCAAUGUGCUGGUGCUGAUCUGCUUUUUGUACAGCGCAGAUAUACGCAAGCAAGUCCCAGGAUUGUUUAUCCUCAACUUGACCUUCUGCAACUUGUUGAUGACUGUUUUGAACAUGCCCCUGACCUUGGUUGGGAUCAUUUACAAGAAUCCACCAGGAGGAGACCAGCUUUGCCAUAUUGUUGGUUUUCUGGAGACUUUUUUGACCACCAACUCCAUGCUGAGCAUGGCAGCUCUCAGCAUAGACCGGUGGAUAGCAGUGGUCUUUCCUCUGAACUAUCAUUCCAAGAUGCGCUACAAAGAUGCUGCUCUCAUACUGAGCUACACGUGGUUGCAUUCUGUGUCUUUCCCUAUAGUGGCAACUUCUCUUUCUUGGGUGGGGUUCCAUCACCUUUAUGCCUCUUGCACCCUGUACAACAAGAAACUGGAGGACAGGACACAGUUUAUGAUUUUCACUGGGGUCUUUCAUACCUUCAGCUUCCUUCUCUCCCUUGUAGUCUUGUGUUUCACGUAUCUCAAAGUGCUGAAGGUGGCACGAUUUCAUUGUAAAAGGAUUGAUGUGAUAACUAUGCAGACCCUUGUACUGCUUGUGGACAUCCAUCCCAGUGUAAGAGAACGAUGUCUAGAAGAACAGAAGAGGAGGAGGCAAAGAGCAACUAAGAAGAUCAGUACAUUUAUUGGGACUUUUGUACUAUGUUUUGCACCGUAUGUAAUCACAAGACUGGUAGAACUGUCAUCAGUAGCCCCCAUCAAUGCACACUGGGGAGUCAUUUCCAAGUGUUUGGCUUAUAGCAAGGCUGUUUCAGAUCCUUUUGUGUACUCUUUGUUACGGCAUCAGUAUAAGAAGACAUGGAAGGACAUCAUAAACAAGGUGUUAAAAAGAAGCUCAAUAAAUUCAUCUGCACUCACAAGUGAAUCACAAAGUCGAAACAUUUUGCAAGUGAAUGAAUGAAGGUUGAACUUCUUAUUUAAUGUAGCCUAAUAUUGGUGAACAGAAGUCGAAGAACCAUAGCUGGUGUCUUCAGGAAUGUCAUCUUACAAUAUUUUUGGAAAGCCUGCCUUUUAAAUCUUCAGCAACUUAGGUAAUGAAUUUCAUCGCAAAGUUGGUCUGCCUUUUAAUGCUGAUAAACAAUCGCCUCUACAAAACUCCCUACUAACUUCAUGAAAUCUGUAUAUUCUGAUCCACAAAGGCAAAAUGCUGUUUUUAUCCAGAGCUGAUUGGGUAUGGAUAACGUUAAAGGAUUGUGAUUAUAUAUGUUCACUCCCAGCCCCACCCAAGGGAAAAGCCCACUGAAAUAGCUUUGAAUCUUGGUAUUAAUGUUGAUGUGUGAUAGCAAUUGAUUCCUGCUCAUAUCUUACCCUGUAAAUUAUGUGACCAAUUAUUUCAGUGGUUCUCAACCUGAGGGUCCCCAGCUGGCAAAUUGGCCGAGACUUCUGGGAGUUGUAGGCCAAAACACCUGGGGACCCACAGGUUGUGAAACACGGAAUUAUAUCAUCACUUUUGGGUUUUUCUUAAAUCAUUUUUCUUUAGCCACACCUAUUUAUACAUAAACCUAUUAGAACAGAAUCUUAGUGUCCAUCCCACUAUUUCCACAUUUAUGAUGCUUUUUCUACAGAAAGAAUCUACUUUUGGUUCUGUUUUCAUUGCUUGUGAUGUUGUUUCCCCUGAUAGAAUAAAGAAACAAUUGCUUUCCCACAUCAAACACAACCCACAUUUAGGACAGACCUACUCCCUUACCAACACAGGUCAAAUAAAACACUCUCACUUUGAACCCUCUGUGAGCAGUUCAAAUAUGGCAUAUGACCAGUUACACAGCACAAGUGCUUCAACCAUCCUUUAAUCUGGCAGAAAAAGAACUAUAUGUACUUUUGAUGUGCGGGUCACUAAUCUGGGCUGGAUCUGGGGCAAUCCAGUUUCCACAUGCCAAAAAUACCCAACACUCUUUUACUGAACAGAAGCAUCUCCCCAACAAAGCCUUAUUAGCAAUGUCACAUCUGGUGAUGACACAGUUGAGUGCCCAUUUGUGACUUCACGAGAAAUGAUGUUGUCUGCGAGGCUUUGGAGGAUAGUUGCUUUUGGACAAUGAAAUGGUGGUGGUGGUAACAACCAGGAAGAUAGGGCACAAACGCACUGUCAGCCUGGCUAACUAUCUGGACUGCUUCCUUGGUACCAUGUGUCAUCCCAUGAUCUCUUCAAGGCAGCUCCAGAGCAGACUACUCAGAUUAUUUCACAUGGUUUGGAUGCUGCCCUAGAUUAUUUCAAAUAUUAAGCACACUGUUUCAGUAUUUCCAGCUUCCCUACCAGUAUGGGGUUUGGUCAUCCACCAUAUUAGCGGUUGACUUCUACUGAAUUAGUCCACGGUCUGCAUGUGUGUGUUGGGAGAAAGGUUCUAGUCUUUUCAGAAGACCUUGCUGAUACUCUUCAGCUGUGUGUUAUACUGCUAUGCCAAAUGAGCAGAAUGUUGUAUUUCAUUGUUUCGCCCAAAUUGUUUCCAUGUUGCAAUGAUUUUCUGACUGUGGAAAUACCUAAAGUGUUGUUGCAUUAAAGUAUAAGUGUUUAUUGUCUGCCGUGCUCUGGCUUGCGUAGGCUGCUGGCAGUCUAGAAUGUAACGCUCUUCACAAUGCAAUAGUUAACAUUGUUUUCUCUGUGAUCAUGAAGCCCUUGACUGCCUGCCUCAAGAAAUACAUACAGAAUUUUUGCAUAUGAUUCCUUGAACAGUGCUCAGAACUGGAGAAAAGUUAUAAGAAAAGGGAUAAUACUAGCAAAAUUCACAUUUUAGAUUAAGAGAAUAUCUGAUAUUUUUAAACGGAGAAUAGAAGGUAUAAUCUAUGUUAAUGCCUAAAAUAUUGUUGUCAAUAUGCUUAUUUGAAACAACUCAAUGUUAGUUUCUUUUUUUAAAAAAAAAGUCUGAUAAUACAAAAUGAAAGGGAUAUAGCUCAGUAACUUGGGACAAAUUCUGUUUCCUCUUCUGCCUAUUCUUCUCUGAGCAAAGAAAUCGUAUUACUUUCAUAUUUCCUUUUCCUUGGUCAUAGAUUGCUACGUAUGCCUAAUGGUGUACAAUAAAAGAAGGGCUGCACCAGGCUUCAUAUAUUUAUUAAGACCAUAGCAAAAAAAAAAAAAAAAAAAAACCUCAUGAAACACCUGUUUUUACUAUACACUUUUAAUUUCAAUCAAGCAAAUGAGUUGGAUACAUGACCUCCUGCCUUCAAAUUUUUCAGGUUAAGUUUUCUUUCUCAAUUUUCUUGAACUGUUCAAUGGUUAAUGCCUAAAGAAAUUUCAAGGAAAUUCAGAAAGAAAGCAAAACCAUCAGGACAGACCCAGCAUAGUGUCAUGGUUUGAGCAAUAGACUACAACUCUUGAGACCAGGGUGUAAAUGCCUACUCAACCAUGGAAACCCAUUGGAUGACUUUGGGCAAGUCGUACUCAAGUCAGAGGAUGCCAAAGGAAAAUGCCCUCUGAACAAAUCUUGCCAAGAAAAUCCCUUAGUGUCACCAUAAGUUGGUAGUGACUUGAAGGCACACAAUAACAACAGUGCUUAAGAAACGUUUCUGUCAAAGGUUUUUAUACUACCUAUAUUGGGAGCUGGAAGAAUGAGAGCAGUAUUUUCUCAGAAUUAGUACUAUUGGGAAAUGAUCUCUCAAAAUUCUUCAUGGGUGUGUUGAGUGGGGGCUCCUUACUAUGUAUAGACAGUAGAUUGCAACAAACCAUUUUACAUACCUUCUCCAAGAGAAGGAGAGAUUCUUUGACAGUUAUGUGAGGUUCUCCAAGAGUAGUAGCAGCUGAGAUGUAGCUAUGGGGAGAGAGCAAAAUGAGGCCAUUGCAACUCGCAAAUAAUUUAACUCACAUUGAAAUUUGCUUUCAGUCCCCAGAUUUCUGGCAUUGCUGUAACUUCAGCUGGGAAAUAUAUUAUCAACAUCUAAAGAAAGAGGAGCAGGUAAAAUUAUCAAAGGAAAGCAACUCAACAAUUACAGGAGUUGUUAUUAUUAUUAUUAUUAUUAUUAUUAUUAUUAUUAUUAUUAUUAUUAUUAACUUCAUUUUUAUCCCACUCUUCUCACCUCGGAGGGGACUCAUAGCAGUGUACAACAUACAUUUCAGCAAAAAUUCAGUGCCUCAUUAUACAAAGCAAAUAAAACAUAACAUAAAAUCAAUAGAAGCAAUCAACAUAUAAAUACAAUUUAAAACCAUUAACAUUAAGAUAUUAAAACAUAAAACAGCAUCUAGAUACACCCUACUAGUCAUGAUCUUAAGGUCUUCUUCAACUCUCUUGGAUGGUGUUGGAUGUGAAUGAUUUUCAGAGUCUCACUUUCUGCAAUGCUAGAUGUUUGGAAGCUGAAGGAAAUUUUUAUAGGAAAGGGGUAUUGAAUUAUGACUUGGUCCUCAUUUUGUCCCCCACAUCUAGAACUCUGAGUAGCAGUAAAAAAAAAGUUUCUUCCUUUUCUCUGAAUGUGCUUUGGGUAUAGGAUUUUCUUGCUGUUGCAAAAACAGUAGCCACUUGGUAGCCUGGCCACCACUUUGAACUUUCCAGAAAGUCCCAGGCAUAGCACACUUUUGAGAUGUCCUACUUGUGGUGAAUGAAGACUGAUAGAUCCACCCAUGUAGAAAAUAGUGAAGGAUAUUUUAAAAAUCUGAAAAGUGAUCUUGUUUAUCUAGGGCAAUAAGACAGAAUUUUCUGAGAAUUUUCAACAGAUUUCGCUGUAGGACCCAGAAGGAAUUUGCAUUUGUUACUUGAUGUGACUUUCAAGGAAAAUGCCAUGUAUAUUUUUCUCACUGAUAAUGCAUUUUGCACAUGAAGGUAACCCUCCACUUGAGACUAACAAACUCAAUUUUGAUUAAAAAGAUGGGGCUGCUUUUCUAGAUGUAGCAUUUAGAAGCUGAACUUUGAUCUGACUACCAUUACCUCAUGGCAGUGCCCCUGCAAAUGUCAGCAGCCACCAAUUUUAUAUGCAUCGUUUCCCUGUUUACUUGCACAAAAGUUUUGUUUACUUCCCGGAAAUGGAGAAGCACUAAUGUAUGGGCAUUGCUGUGACUUAGAGUGUUCUCUGUUUCAGAAAAGACCAUCUCACAAAAUGAAUUAAUAUCCUAGCCUGUCCUAAGAAGAAUUCUAGUUCUGUCAGGAUGUUAUAACUGCGAUCAUGAUUUUAUGAGAAGCUGUAACUAAAUUAUUGAUUGCAUUCAUGAUAAAGUCUGCUGCGAAUGCUAAAUUCUGUAAAGAAGAUACUACUAUUGCCAUUAUCUUUUGAGAACUAUCUGUAGGAUCCAAUCCUAGGUAUGCUCAGAGUAAACCCUUUAAAAGCAAUAAGUCUUACAUUUCAAAUUGUUUUUAGUUUGGUUGCCUUUUAAAAAUGUAUUUUUGUAUUUAUUUACCCUAUUUCUACCCCACCUUUCUCUACUCUGAAGGAGACUCAAUGUAGCUUACAUAUGGCAACCAUUAAAUGCCUUAGAAUACAUACAAACAGAGACUUAAAGUUAAUUAAAUUUAAAACAUUAAAUUGAACAUUAAAUUCAAUAUUAAAAUCACAUACUUUUUGGAUAAUGAUCUGAUAAUGCUAAUGAUCUGAUUAACUGUGCUUAAAUAUUGUAGGUUAUUGUGGUUUUACAGUAUCUGCUUUCUCAUCAUUUUGAGGACUCAGUAAGAUAAAUACAAUAUAAUGUAUAAGUAAAUCAUGAUUUACGUUUCCCCAACCUGGUACAAUUCAACACAUUUGGAGGGAUCCUGAUUGGAAGUAAUGCCAUUCUAGCUGAAGAUGAUAGAGUGUAUAAUUCAAUGAGCUGAUUGGCAUUAAUCUGUAGAUUAGUCUACUUUAAGCAAAUCCAGUAUUUCCUUACAAAAAUCGUAGUGCUUAAUAUGAACUUCAUUUUAUCUCACCCCUUUCCUUUCUUUUCAUAUUAAUUUGUCAUUAUUAUAGUUAACAGAUGACCUUUUAGAUAUUUGACUCUGGGGCUAUCUUUCAGUGAUUCAUACAAAAGUACCUUCACUGAUCAUUUCGACUCUGUCGUUUAUUAAAGUAGUAAAAUCCAAUCGUUUGUGUAUGCCAAAAAGGGCAGUUAAAUAAUAAAAUAUAAAGGGGGGAUAAAUCCAAGGGCAACAAUAUUUAGCAUAUUAUUUUUGCUCUUGUCAUUUUCAGAUAAUAAUCAUUUAAAACAUCAUAUCGCUUAAAAACCUAUUUUGCCUUCAAUCGUAUGAAACAGAUACAUUUCUAGAGAUAUAACCUGUUUGCUUUGGGGGUGGGUUUUUUUGUUUGUUUGUUUGUUUUUGCUGUUCUCUGCUGCCUCUUCCCUCCCCACUUUUCUACUUUGCAUUUAUUUUCAGUUUCCAUUAUCAAGAUUACUGCCAAGUUGGCCAUAAUGCCCAAAGAAUUGAUUAUCCUCUUAGGGAGACUGACACAACUUUCCAUUUUUACCACAUGUCUAGGAUGUGGUUUAAACACCUUAAGUUUGGGGAAGGUGAGAAGAUGAAAUUGGCGCCAGGAGAAAUACGGGGAACUUGGGAUGCCACAAAAGCCAGGACUUUUUAUUGCCCAUUACAUUUGAUGAAAAAUUUAAUUAAGAAUGCAUUUAAACCUUUCCCACUAAAAUGUAGUUGAAUUUAGAAGUACAUAUAUUUGGCAGAAUCACAACAUUCAUGUGUUCUAGGAAGCUGAUAUUUUGUUUGGCCCUUGUAUGUUUCAUAAGUUAUGCAUGUAGAUUGGAAAAGCUACCAUCUGGCAACCAAAGUACUAUUACUAUGACAAUAUAAAUAUCCCUUAUAUAAAAUGCUUGGGACAAGAAAUGUUUCAGAUUUUUGGAGGGUCUGGAAUACUGCUACUUGGGUAUAUGUACAGUAUCUUGGAGAUGGGAGCCCAGUCUGAAAACAAAAUUUAUUUAUGCUUCAUAUAACCUUAAAUACAUCAUGGUUAUUUUAUACAGUAUUUUGUAAUAAUUUUGUGUAUCUAACAACAUUUGUAUACACUAAACCAGGGGUCCCCAAACUUUUAAAACAGGGGGCCAGUUCACGAUCCUUCAGACCGUUGGAGGACCGGACUAUAAUUGACCACCAAGCAAUAAUAAUAAUAAUAAUAACAACAACAACAACAACAACAAAAAUAUCAAAGAGGGUUGGAAGAGACCCUUUUGGCCAUUGAGUCCAACCCCCUUCUGCCUCUGUGCACCGAAAGCACAAGCAAAGCAUCCCUGACAGAUGGCCACCCAGCCUCAAUGUUAAUAAUAAUAAUAAAGAGGGUUGGAAGAGACCCCUUGGGCCAUUUAGUCCAACCCCCCUCUGCCUCUGUGCACCAAAAGCACAAGCAAAGCACCCCUGACAAAUGGCCACCCAGCCUCAAUGUUAAUAAUAAUAAUAAUAAUAAUAAUAAUAAUAAUAAUAAUAAUAAUGAUGGUUGUAAGAGAAGAAGAGACCCCUUGGGUCAUUUAGCCCAAACCGCUUCUGCCCUUGUGUCGUGGGGGCCGGAUAAAUAGCUUUGAUGGGCUGCAUCCGGCCCCCGGGCCUUAGUUUGGGGACCCCUGCACUAAACUAUCAGAUAUCAAAGAUAUCCAAGGUUGGAAAAGUUACUUCUUUGGAUACUAGCUUUCAAAAUAUCCCUACCAGCAUAACAGUUCAGGGGUUUCUUUUUUUCUCUGUGCUUUUUCGCUUAGUUCAGGGAAGGGGGUGCCAUUGAGUUUUUCACUAGUUGAGAUUGGCAGUUAGUUGUAAAUGGUUGUCACCCGUAUAAUUUCACUGACUUGCAAAAAUUGUUUAGAUUCUUUUCAACUUCCUUAAUCUAUAGAUCUUCAGUUAUGAGGAGCUGUAUUCCUUCAGGUGAAUACAGACAUGCUAUUCCAAUGUGUCCAAAGUGUUUGAUAUCCUUCUUCAUUAGAAGUCAUAUCAUUUAAAAUAUUAGGAAGCCAAAAAUGUGGAUUUUCAAAUGCUAAUCUACAAUUAUGGGUGGUUUUCUGAAAUUAGUUUUGUUGCUGCAGACUAUAUGGAUUCUGUCAAUGCAGUCCUUGCCACAUUAACAUAUCUCAGCAGAAACAGACCGAACUGAAAUAUGGAUUGGUCCAAAGAUGAAGUCAAAGUAUUUUGGAAACAAUUGAUUGGGCUGGAACUAUCAUUUUAUAACUAGUCAUCGAAAUCCCCAGAAAUGAAACAAUCAUCUGUAGGCCGAGAAUGUGAGUGUGAUUAGCAAGUCCUACCACAAAGUGGGAGCAAAUGGAUGCCGCUCAUCAUGGGGCUGUAUAUUAAUGUUGUCAUCAAGUCAAGCUGGAUCAUAUGCUGAUGUUUUCUCUUGAAAGAGUUGUCUAGCUAAAUUGAUUAAGUGGUGGAAAUUUCAUGCCAAUCUACUGGAUCAAGCAGCUAUCAAUCAAUGUCCUAGACACACUGAAAGGUAUAACACAAAUUUCCGUUCUAGAUAGAUCUGCCACCCUGAGGUAUAUUAUAGAUGGAUAGGUGAUAAAGACAGACAGACAGAGUGUAAAAAUCACUAAUCUUUAAGGAAUGAAUUAUCUGUCAUUUCAAGUGUUUAGUGCAUGAAGCUGACUUAACGUUAUGCUAGAAUUGUGCCCAGUUUAUCGAUGCCAAUGAAAUAUUGUGAUCACUUGAUGAUACAGGAUUUCCCCAAAAUGUUCACACACUUAAGAGCUUAUAAUUCUGAUUUUUAGUGUAAUUGUUUUCAGAAAAAUGUAUGCAUCUUUAAUAGAAGUGAAUAUUGCGAUAGUAGAGAAGUGUCAUAAAAUAACAAGAGAAACUUUAAAUGAGGUUUGCAACCCUGUGCCUGGACAAUGCUAAAACAUUAAUGUUUACUAUGUUCCAUACAUUUGGAAUACAGUUAUCAUUUCUACAUAGUAAAGGAGUUAGCUUAUUCAUUCACCAUCUUUGCUAUGGUAAUGCUUGAUAUGAAGCAGUGUUUAAUUUGAACAUCUGACCACAGAAUAAGACUAUGUCAUCUUGUGAUCACAAGCUUCAGCCAAUUUAUACAAUACAACCACUGUGUAGAGUAGGAUGGUGAGCUUUCUUCUUUGCUAUAUAAAGAUAAAAUCACUCAUAAUAUGUUAAUGGAACAAAGAUACUUGGGGGUCUGAUUGACAAGGACAAUAUCUGAAAUAUCUUUUUACAGAAAUAGGAAGAGAUAUCACAAACAAUGUCAGGAUGUUUCAGAAAAUGUGAACCUAGUUGAUAUGAGUGUGGUCACGCCCAGGCUUCACUUGUGCAUAAUAACAUGGUUUAUUCUAGAACUUUGCAAUACUGCUUUGAGAUUUUAAAUAAUAAGGGAAAGGAAGACAACAGGUGUUCAAGCUGUGGUGUAUCCCUCUGGUUCUAUCCCUGUAUAGGAUGUUUCUCCACCAGCAUCAUAAAAUGGAGUCAAUCAUCGGAGUUUCUCUUGCAAAAUUCUGGGAAUCUAGUUCAGGGUGGAGACUUUGACAUCCUCAGCUAGAGAGGUCCUCAGCUUCCCUAAACUAGAUUUCCUAGAAUUCUGCAGGAGCAGAUCAGACGAUAGCUUCCAUUCUAUAACGCUGGUGUGAAAACAUCUAUAGUCUGCACAGUGUUCCAUAUUGUUCCAACAAAAUAACAAACCACGUUUUAUUGAUUAGCCCAUCGGCCGUAUCAAAACAUUUAACACAUAGACAUACAUACAACAUACAGGUAUAAAAGAAGGUAAAAUAAACAAGCUGUUAACAAGAUCCCGUUCAGGUCAAAUAUCCAUAUUGUUUCAUUAUCUGGGCAGAGACCAAAAAGGAGUGCUAGACAGAGAAGGAUAAUCCAUUUUAUGGGGGGAUGGAAGGGUUGAAAAAGUAAAACUAUUCCCCCCCCCCCCCCAUGACGCUGUUGUGGAAAUAAACCUCAUUUAUGAAAUGGUAAGUGGAGAGGGGGAAUAAACAGCGAAAACGGGGAAAAUGAUUUUCCUCCUUCAACUCCCUCCCUCUAAAAUGGACUAUCCUCCUCUGUCUAGUGCCCCCUUUUAGCCUCCAUCCAAAUAAGGAAACUGAACCUCAUGUUUUUUACUGAAGUGUUGGGUAACCUAUGUCCCUCCAGAUGAUGUUUAACACCCAUCCUCCUUGGCCACUGACCGCUCUGGCUAGUACUGAUGGGAUUAGGAUUCAAAAAGUAAAUCUAAAGGCCACAGGCUCCACAUCCUCAUCUACAUUUUCAUCUAAAGUUUACUUUGCGAAACAAGCACUACAUUUCAAGUCAGGAAAAUUGCCAGCAGGAUAUAGGUUUGACAAGAAUUUACCUUAAAAGCAUUCUCUGGUUAGGAGAAAAAAUGCAUAAAAGAAAAUGACAUUAUCUAUCUUAUUUAAUCAUUCAUUAGUGUAUCUUGUGUUAUUUCGAGCAAUAAAUCUCUCUUCAGUAUUAAGUAGCUUGUCAUUAUCAGUUUGGCUUUCUCUCAGAAUUUACCUUACAACAGGGGAAAAAAGGCAUUUUUAAUUUACUCAUUAAAUAUUUUAAUAUCUCAAAUAGUAUCAUGUUUCUUAUUCACAGCUGCUUGAGUCAAACUAGAAUUGCCAUGUCUGUCCUCAGACAGAAAUGAUGCAAUCAAUGGGAUGGGGAGAGGGAAGUAAUUUCUUAACAUUUUGCUGAUAACAUUUUUGGACAUGCUAGAAAUAAAUGUGGUUCUGUAACUCAUUCUCUUGUUCUGUGCAACUCUGAAAUAAAUGACAGGAUUAUAUUCAAAAGGUGUGCCUUAAGUGCCCAGUGAAGAUAUGGGCUAAUAUAUAUUCUUGCAGAUUCUGAUAUACUAUGGGAAAUAGUUUACAUUUGUGGCUGAUAUUAUCUAUAUAUUUCCAGAGCCAAUCCAUUGUACUUGUAUCUUUUCUGCUACAGAAUGAAAAGCAGUUGGAAAAACAAUUGUAAGCAGGAAAAAGUCUUGAAAAGAGAUUGUUAAGUAGUUGCUUCUCUUUCCCAGCACUUCAUUGCUGAGGGGAAGAGACACUAUGGAAAAUGUACCCAGAGGUAUUUAAUGUAUUGCCUUUAGGAUGUAAUGGAUGCAAUAUUUGCUUCAUAUAAGGCAUUACAUAGGAUCUGAUUACCUUCUUCCUGAGCACCCACGAUGACCAGCAGGAGCGACAUGGGUACAAUCUGUCCCCUUUCCCCUGAUAUGAUGAUCACAGAGAAAGGGUAUGAAGAUGACACCCCAUUUGGACAACAGACUAGUUCAAAUUGGACUUGAUCCUGCUGUCCAUACUGUGCUGCAGCUACAAGGUUACUCUAGAGCAGGAGUCCCCAAACUAAGGCCCAUGGGCCGGAUGUGGCCCUCCAAGGUUAUUUACUUGGCCCCUGUCCUAAACUUUCGACUUAGGGUUGACCUUAGUCUCUCUGGUCUUUGGAGGUCUCUUUGCUUAACUACGGCCUUAUGAGAUCAUCUAGAUGGCUUUUGGAGGUCAGUUUUCUUACCUAUAGUCCUAUGAGACCGUCUAGAUGGCCUUUGAGGCUCUCCUUCCUUACCUAUGGUUUUAUGAGAUUGUCUAGAUGGCCUUUGGGGACCCCUUACCUUACCCAUGGCCUUAUAAGACCAUCUAGAUCAGGGGUCCUCAAACUUUUAAAGCAGAGGGCCGGUCCACGAUCCUUCAGACUGUUGAGGGGCCGAAUUAUCAUUUGAAAAAAAAAAUGAACAAAUUCCUAUGCACACUGCACAUAUCUUAUUUGUAGUGCAAAACAAUAACAAUAACAAUGAAAGACCAAUACAAUAUUUAAAAAUGAAAAUAAAUUUAACCAACAUAAACCUGUCAGGAUUUCAAUAGGAAGUGUGGGCUUGCUUCUGGCCAAUGAGAUAGUCAGGUUAAUUAGGAUUAUUGUUGUUGUGUGUCUUCAAGUCAUUUCAGACUUUGGGCAAGCCGAAGUCCAAAAUUAUUUAUUUAUUCAUUUACUACAUUUAUUUACUACAUUUAUAUCCCACCCUUCUCACCCUGAAGGGAACUCAGAGCAGCUCUAUGUACAUACAAUAUAUUAUAUUAUUAGCAUAGCACAAUAUUAGCAUUAUAUAUUACUAUAUUGAACUAUACCACUAUAUGUAACAUUAUAUGUAAUAUAUAACAUAUAAUUAAUAUUAUUAUAUGGUAUUAUUAGUAGUAUUAUAUUGUAUAAAAUGAUAAUAUUAUUAUCAAUAUCAUAUGUAUAUACAAUAUAUUAUAUUAUUAAAACUGAUAUAAAAAUAUUAUAUUAUAAAUGAGGGUGGGGGCCAGGUAAAUGACCUUGGAGGGCCGCAUCUGGCCCCCGGGCCUUAGUUUGGGGACCCCUGAUCUAGAUGGUCUUUGAGGGUCCCUUUCCUUAUCUAUGGUCUUCUGAUGGCUUGAUGAGAUCAUCUAGAUGGCCUUUGAGGGUCCCUUUCCUUACCUAUGGUCUUAUGAGACUAUCUAGAUGUUCUUUGGAGGUCUCUUUGCUUACCUGUGGUCUUAUGAGAUCGUCUAGAUCAGGGGUCCCCAAACUAAGACCCAUGGACCGGAUGUGGUCCUCUAAGGUCAUUUGCCUGGCCUCUAUCCUAAAUGACUUGAAGGCACACAAUAACAACAAUCCUAAUUUUGGACUAUUUCAUCAUAAUCCAGCCCCCCAGCAGUCUGAGGGACUGUGAAUCGGGCCUCCACUUAAAAAGUUUGAGGACCCCUGCUCCAGAGUUUCAAACAAACCCUGGAGCAUUCACUUGACGUUUCUUAAUGCAGUUUAACUUGCUAUACUUACUUGAAGUGGAGAAAAAUCAGGGGAGCAGCAGGAAUGAAUCCAGGGUAUCUUUAAGUUAUAAUUCCCAUCGCAGUCGUUAAGUUUUAAUUACAAAGCCAAAUUCAGCAGGAAUGUAUAUAUUUUCCUAACUGCAUUUUUCAAAUGAACACCUGAGUGAAUAUGAUGCAGUCUGUUUGCCAAAUAGAACUGGAAGCACCUGUUUAUUUCAGUUGCUUUCCAUAGAACUACGCAAUUAGAAACGGGGUUGGAGAGACUAUGAGAUUUACCUUUCAGACUACAUGUUUGAGCAUACAUUUCAAACAAUUCUCUUUCAAACAUACACACACCCAUUUCUUGCAAGCAGGCUGGGAGAAAAGCUAUAACUUGAUUUUCUCUCUGUCAUGCUACCUUACUAUGGAUAACUUUUGAACUUUUUCAUGCACAGUUUUCUUACAAGCUUUCAACAAAUAAUGGGAGAACUUUCUGCUCCUAUGUUGUCACUAUCUGUGUAUUCCCACUUCAAUAGCUAAUUGGAACUAACCCAUGACAUUUUCCCUUCUGGAUCUAAAGUACAAGAUUGUUCUUAACUCCUUCAUCUUAUAUACAGACUACAUUCACAAUUGAAGCAUACUUCAGUUAUUUCAAUAGGAUAGAUUCUUCCUUCCCACCUGAAAGUAGCAAACUGUUUAGAAUGUGCAGGACAAUCUGACCAACCAAAUGACUUUUUCAUCCAAAAAAGAAGUACAGUAGAGUCUCACUUAUCCAACACUCACUUAUCCAACGUUCUGGAUUAUCCAACGUAUUUUUGUAGUCAAUGUUUUCAAUAUAUCGUGAUAUUUUGGUGCUAAAUUCAUAAAUACAGUAAUUACUACAUAGCAUUACUGCGUAUUGAACUACUUUUUCUGUCAAAUUUGUUGUCUAACAUGAUGUUUUGGUGCUUAAUUUGUAAAAUCAUAACUUAAUUUGAUAUUUAAUAGGCUUUUCCUUAAUGCCUCCUUCUUAUCCAAUAUAUUCGCUUAUCCAACAUUCUGCUGGCCCGUUUAUGUUGGAUAAGUGAGACUCUACUGUAUAGCUAGAAGACUCAAGGGGAACAUCUGGCAGGCCACUCUAGCUAUUCUCCAACUUCUGCUGUCCAAGGAAAUGGCCUUAUUCUCGUUAAUCCUCACAUCAGAGUCCUAUUUCUCCAUCCAAAUUCAUAUGCCACUUCCCUGCACAGAUUCUAUUUACUGGCCACAAAUUUAACUUAUUUUUUGGGGGGGCACUUUUUGUUCCAAGAUCCUAACCUUCCAAAGCCAUUUGUUCCUUCUUCCUCCAAUACUGUUGUCCCAACUACAUCUUCACCAUGAACAUAUAAUCUCUGUACCCCCGUGUAUCCCUUCCUCCCACCUCCCACACUUCCAUAUCUCUAGCCUUCUUUUAUUUCCUCAUGCAUACAGUUUUUAAUGCAAAGCUUCACAAUUCAAUGUGAUAUAACCCAACCACCCAAUAUGUAGCCUGAAAUGGCAGGAUCUAGCAUGAGAUGAAGUGCUUCAUUCUUCUUUGAUACACCUUGGAUUUUAUCUUAUACAGGGUUAAUUUUAGAAGAUAGAAAGCUUUCCACGUAUGUAUCUAAACCCAGAACUCUAUGUUGGUAUAUGGUUUUCUGUCCUUCCAUUCAAUGUUCCUGAGAAGUCUGUACAAGCAAAUAAGGUCUAUGAGUGUAUUCAUAUUCAUAUUAGCAGCAACAGCGAUCACAAGAAGGGAGGAUUUUCAAUGCUACUUUUCAGCAUGCAGCAGUCUGUAUCCUAUUGUGUAUGUGUGUAUCUUUUUGUUCCAGUAAACAAACAAUAGUUUAAAAUCUGUUGUUCUUAAGAAUUAAAAUGCUUAUUUUUAAAACUCUAUUUCCCUUUUGGUUUCAGGAAAUAAUAUAGUGGCAAAAAGUUCUGGUCAACUGUUUUGUAGGCAACUUUUUCAUCCAAAGAGAAAAAAGCACAGAAAAUUCAGUAGGAAAUCUCUUUUCAACUUUGUAGAUCAGUGAUGCUAGUUCUAUAAACCUAUUAAGAGGUUUGUUAAUGAAGUCAUCACCCAUGUUCUUAAUAUAUAUCUUAGUGGAGUUGUGGGAUCAGAGGCUAAAUUCUUUAGGAUAACUAUAAUAUGUAUAAUAUUUAUAAGUCCAUACCAAUGCACUAAAAGUAAUAAUUCAGCCUUAAUCUAAUUCUUGUCAAAAUAUGUCUUAAUACAAUUAAUAGAAUAUUUUUGUCAAUGUAAUUUCUCUCAGAUGAAUGGAUGAGGAAGGAAAAGUAGCACAAAAUUUGUGGAAGAAUUUAAGAUUUUGUACUGGAAGAUGAGUUACUAAGAUUUUUAUAGAAUCUGAUCUUCAGGUUUUGAUGGGCCUUGUUGAUUGCAUGUAAAUACAUUGAGAUUUUGAAUGUGGGUUUCUUUCAAAAACGUAUAUUAAUCAAAUGAGUCACAAUGAUUGCAUUUUUCCAUAAAUAUAUCUAUAUUGCAAGUUGACAUUAUGAUAAGCUAUAGUUGCACUUUACUGGAAAGCAAAUAUACGGUUGAGUUUAUAACCCCAUGUAUGUCAGUGCAGUAAAUAUGCAUAAUAAAACUGGUUUCAAUAUGGUGGAAGGCCAAAAUGUUAUUAUAAAUGCAAUUUUGCAUGUCUAAUAGCUCAAAUCUACAUUUAUGAUCAAUGUGCUGACAGAUGUCAUGUCGGAAAGGACUGUCUAGUUAAUAUUCUUAUGGUUAUGCUAAGAAUAUUGCCUCUCUUCAACGGGUUUAAUGUUUUUCAUGAUUGGGUUUGAAACUGACCCCAAAAAGAGAGAGAGAGGACUUAUUGUGCUCACAUUGCUAAAUUUAGAAACAACCAUUAUGUGUUCUGCCAUUAGGAGACUCACAGACUUCAAUAUCUUUGUCUGGUUUAAGAACUUUUUAAAGAAGUUGAAAUUGUUCCAGCUGUUUCUAUUAAAGUAUAAUUGCAAUCAAUGUAAUCCCACAAGGGUUGGUCUAAAACAUGUUGUUACCUGAGACAUAGAAGCAAAUGGUAAUUCCUGCAAUCAACGCUGUCCAACAGCGAGGAUUUUAUGCAACCUCUAAAAUGUAGUCCCUAUAACUAAAAUGUAUUCUGAUAAAAUUUCAGCUGAAUUUGGUAAUUAAUUUUAAUGUUUUCAGAAAUUGUUUGUGCUUGUCAUGACACUGAUGGAAAUAAAUUCUCUCCUUUCCUCUCAGCCCUCUAAUACUAAGCUAAGAUGAGAGAACAGAGAAUGUCACUUAUCUUAGCAGCAUUCCAAGACUGACUAAACAAUUCAGGAGACACACAUGAUUUCUUUCUUUGAAUAUUUCCUAUUAGGCAUGUUGACCACAUUUCAUACCUAGCUUUAGCAUGCAGCAUGGAAGAAGGACCUGGUAUGUAUUUAAAUUUCAAUCAAAUCAUAAGAAUAGAGAUGGAAUAUGAUGGAUUGGAAGGACAGAAGUAUCUUUCUCUUAGGACUUUAUCAUAUUGAUGUCCUCUAGAUUGAUUCACUAGCCUCUAUGGCGAAUUGGGGGGCAGCAGGACUAUCCAGCCACCACACACCCUACUUUGUUGGCAGCUGACGCUUCCCCAUCACAUGUGGGGAAGUGUUGCUGUGUGGCUUCCCCCCAUGGUAGCCCCAUUGUUCCUAAUGGAACAUGGGAAGGCUCCGUGUUGAUGGCGCAGCAUCGUAGGAUGCUGUCACUCCAGUUGAGGCAUGGAGCUCUGUCGGUAGUGAGACUAUGGCAUGUCUUCUUCUUAGGCGAUCCCUCGUAGUUCGAGGAUGAUGGUCCUCCAUUUCUUGAUUAUUUUUUUUAAUGUGUGGAGGUCGGUGCACAGCUGGUCAACACACAGUCUUCACAGAUUGAGGUCCCAGCAGUGGUGUGAUUAACACAACGAGAGUGGCUUCUCAGUCUGUUGCAGCCUUCUUCCGCCUUCACAGCCGUUGUAACAUAUACCAUUUUAUCCUCCGCCUGCUCCGCUGUUGAGGUCAUUGGGUCUUCGGAUUGUUCUUGGCCUGGAUCCUCCCCUGUGGGCCCUCCUGGGAGUGCAUGACUCCAGUGGUUGUGCCCUCAGGUUCAUUGGAACACGCAAGCCCCCUCACCACGUCAAGGUGACAAUCCAUCGAGGGGGUAUGGCAUGUGAUGGGUGGCUCCGUGGCUCAACUGGGACAGAAUGGGGAUGCUGACAUUUCCUCGUGUGAUACGAUUGUUAGAGUUAUACCAACCUCCCUCACAUUUCUGAGAGAUAAUGCAUAUUAUUUUCCAGAAUUAAAACUGUUGGCUGACUGCAUUAGUAGGCCCAUAAAGGAAGGUCUGGAGCUGCAACUCACACAGGGAGGAAACUCCUCCAAAAAGGUCAGCAAUUCUACUGUGCUAGUGCAUGAAUGAAGAGAGCUUUUAACCCAUUUUCAGUCUUGAGACACUCCAGAUAGGAUGUCUACAAUGACUCCUUGGAAAGGGAAGGCAUUUUAGAGUUUCUUGGGAGCUUUUAAUAUUUUUGCCCCUCAUGGAUUUCCAAUCUAUUCUCAAUGUACACUGUUGUGCCUGUACCCCACAACUUUGGGAGGAGGAGUGAAGAAACACUGAAUAAAAGGCAAACACAUCACCUGUACUUACAGAUUUAUUAAUAUCUGGGAAACAGUAGACCAUGGUCAAUGGCAAAUAGAAUAAUACAGAGAACUGAUCAUUGUGACUCUGGUACAAUAUGACCCCAUAUCUACUGGGGGUAUGUUUGAGGACUUUUCAUUGAUGCACAAAACCGUAUGUAAUAGUGAACCCAACUCAAUGAAUUUAUACCACAGAGUUGCAUUGGAAGACCAGGGAAAUGCCUAGAAAGGACACCUCUCUGUGUCUUCUGGCAUGAUUCUAUGGUCAACUUCCAAUGGAAGCAUGCCAUAAAAUCACUUGGAGGAAGUAGAAAAUACCUAAAGAGAGGACAUAUUUUGCCAGAUGCAGGUAAAUACAACCAUAGGUACUGGUCUUAAAGACAUGGUGGUCAUAAUGUAUCUUCCCCCUCACCUUAUAAUACCAUAACCUCAUGCAACAAUGCUGCGAUCAUAGAAGACUUCCUGGCAAUACUUGUGUGGUUUGGAAAUAUAAUAAUGGUCAGCCCUUUUCAGCAUACAGAGGGUGUAAGGCCAUCUAGAAAGGAUGCCAUAAUUGCAUUUCUUUUGUUAACAUAAAAAGGAUCACUAUAUGACUUUCUUUAAAUAGAAAAUCAUAAAUCAAUCCCAGACUUUUCUGUCAACCAUUACUUUGGAGUGGGGUAGAGCAUUCAUUUCCCCCUAGUAUCAUAGAGAAUAUGAAUGGUAGAACUUAAGAUUAUCUGAGUAGACAGCCCCUAAUAAACUCAUUACAAUGAUAUGAAGUUUCCUUUGAUAGGAUUCAAGUAACAGACAACAGCAAGAGCAGAAUGAAAAAGACUCAUCCACAGGAAAGCAUUGAAAAGCAUGAUCACAAACUGCCUUGGAAGUAGAAAACUAAUAAUGAUCAGGUGCCUUGAUAUGUGAAAUGUAUUUAUAAACACUGAACCUAUUUCCCCCUCCCUCUUCCCCAUGGUUAUUUUUAUGAAUACCAUUUUAGGAAAUAACCCUUGUGAGUUCUUUAUCAAAGGAAAGUAACAUUUAACAUUUACUCCAGCAAUAUGUUGGAAUUUGGAUGAAUGCCUGGCCCUAGGGAACUAGACUUCUAAUUUCCUGGAGGGUUUUUCAUCCAGGAAUUAAAAGCCUAUUUUGUGAAAUCUUACUAACAUCCUAAUAUGUAUUUCUUAAACUGGAAGUAACUAAAUAUAAGGAAUCAUCGGGGAAAUUCACAUUACCAUUUCUAUCUGCAAGAUGUUGCUUCCAGGGCAAGUGAUGAACACUGCAUAUUCUCGGUAAAGUAUGAUGUAUCAGAAGAUACAAUUUGGGGAUAAGAUGCAGUUUGUAAUUGCUGUACUAAAAAAAUAGACCCAUUAAUGAAUCUUUACCUUGAUUGGAAUCCCUGAGGUCAGUUAACACCUCUAGAUUACCAACAUCUUUAUGACAAACUUGUGAUUAAUGCAGUGAAAAUGUUGGAACUAAUCUGGAACUGAGAACAAUAAAAAUAUGUAUUCUGACACAGCAAAUUCCAAGGAUGUAGCAAAAGUAAUGUGUGGUAGUAGUGUGAAUGAAGGGGAGAAUGUAGCCUUCUUCCCUACAGUGUUGCAUUUUCAUAGCAAAUCUAUUUCUCGAUGCCCCUGUUACUUUGAAAAAGCUUUAAACCAGUAUGAAAUGACAUAUGCUUUGAAAACAUACCCAUAUUUACUUGAGUCUAAUGCACCAUCGAAUCUAAUGUGCACCUCAAUUUCCAAAACCCCGAAACCCAAAAAGUAUUUACCAUAUUACGUGAAACUAAUGCUCAACCUAAUUUUGGGAAGAUAAUUUAGUCAAAAAAGAUGAGCAUUAGAAUCAAGUAAAUACGGUAAUUUUUAAUCAAAUUUCUAAUUAUCUAGGAGAGCAGUGUUUUUUUCAGAAGCUUGCUUCAUAUGGAAAGAAAAAAAUGAUUUUACAUCUACCCUAUAUACUCUUAUAUAUUAUGUAUAGAAAGGUUAGUCAAAAAGUCAUCCCAAAAACCUGUGUCGAUUUAUCCAUAAGUCAAUGUGAGUACUGUACUUUUAACUUAUCAAAAAAGCAACUAUCCCGUUCUCUAAAUAGAGUAGGGAAAAAGAAGAACUUAGUCCAAAACGUGAGAACCUUAAAAAAGCACCAAUCCCUUCUACUGUCUUCACCAUGCUGCCACUUAAACCUUUUUGAAUCCCUUGGUGGGAAAAUCAAAGUGGAAGCCAUGGACAACUGACUCCCUAAGGCAACAUUAGUGCUUUCUCCUCUCCACAAAAUGGCUCUCAUCUUAUCCACGGGUCAUAUCAAAAUCCAUAAAUCUGGCUGCAAAACCUGCCCAUGACUUAUACAUGAGGUUAACUUAUACAUGAGUAUAUACUUUAAAUAUAUUGUUAGGCUUAAUCCCACAUUAGUUCCACCAUUUUCCUGCACUUCAGAUUUAAUGAAACUCAAGCAUCACUAUCUCUAUCACCGUCUUGCUAAUUUCCAGCGAUUCUUAGAAUGAAAAAAAGAAAUGAUAGAUUUGUGUAUUUCUCUUCCUACAUUUUUUUAAAUGUAAGAGGCCUGUGUUGACCUUUUUGUUUACAAUGGCUUGUAUAUGUGACAACAUAUCAAAUGUUGUACUGUAUUUUCCUAUAUAGAGUUAAUAGUCAAUACAGGAAAUGACAUCUCAGUGUAUAUAUGUUCGUGUACAUUGUGAUUUGUUAAGCACUGUUGAUAUAAAACUGUGGUUCCAAUUACAUGAACGUGUGUAAACAUUUUUAAAAUAAAAGUUUACAUUUAAAAAUA